GGCAGCGCCUUCUCCAGACCGAGACCCCAGCGCAGAAUGACCAGAGGGCGGUGGCCUCCCGGCGGAGUGGCCGGGCCAGGAGCGUGCUGCGCUGGUUCUCCACCGCGGUCCUGUACGCCGCCUUCCUGGGGCUGGGAAUGACGGUUGCCAUGUUGGGACCCACAUUUCCAGACCUGGCCAGAAACGUGAACCGGAACAUCAGCAGCCUUUCCGAAAUCUUCGUGGGCCGAGCCCUCGGCUACUUGUGCGGCUCUGUGGUUGGUGGGGUGCUUUUCGACUGCAUGAAUCAUUUUCUACUUUUAGGAAUGUCAAUGCUGGCUACCACAGUUGGUCUUUAUCUUAUUCCUUUCUGCAAGACGGCAACACUACUGACUGCCAUGAUGUCUGUAUUUGGCGUCUCGUUUGGUGCCCUGGAUACAGGUGCAAAUGUCCUCAUCUUGAUUCUUUGGGGGGACAAAGGAGCCCCACAUAUGCAAGCUUUGCACUUCAGUUUCGCCUUAGGUGCCUUCCUGGCUCCCCUGCUGGCUAAAUUGGCCUGGGGUACCACAGCAUCUGCUCAGAACCACACUGAGUCCGACUUUGACCCUUUAAUGCUGAACCGAUCUUCCAAAGCCGUCACAGAUUCUGUGUUCGCGGUACCCGAUGACAUGAAUCUGCUGUGGACAUACGCGUCCAUCGGAACCUAUGUUCUAGUAGUUUCUGUCUUCCUGUUUGCUCUGUUUUGUAAGAAACGCUCAAGGCAGAAAAAGUCCUCAGCGUCUGCUCAGGGAGCUCGAAGGGCUAAAUACCACAGGGCCCUGCUAUGCCUCCUCUUUCUCUUCUUCUUCUUCUACGUGGGAGCGGAGGUGACCUACGGCUCUUACGUAUUCUCCUUCGCCACCACCCACGUUGGCAUGGAAGAGAGCGAGGCAGCUGGCUUGAACUCCAUCUUCUGGGGGACCUUCGCAGCCUGCAGGGGCCUGGCCAUCUUCUUUGCGACAUGCUUACGGCCUGGGACCAUGAUUGUGGUGAGCAACAUCGGCAGCUUGGCCUCAUCUUUCUUUCUGGUCCUUUUUGACAAGAGCCCUCUUUGCCUCUGGAUCGCGACUUCUGUGUAUGGAGCCUCACUGGCAACCACGUUCCCCAGUGGAGUCUCCUGGAUUGAGCAGUACACCACCUUAACUGGGAAAUCCGCAGCCUUCUUUGUCAUUGGUGGUACUCUGGGAGAAAUGGCGAUUCCUGCAGUGAUCGGAAUUCUUCAGGGACACUACCCAGACCUGCCAGUAGUUCUGUACACAUGUCUGGGCUCAGCCCUAUUCACGGCUGUUUUAUUUCCUGUGAUGUAUAAAUUAGCCAGCUUAGGUCUGUAAUGUGAAUGAAAGGAAAACAUCUCAGGGUCAGAACACUCUGCCCUUUAAGUUUGGCCCAUCAGGGAAAGGAUAAAUGGGAAGGCAUAGAAGAGCUCCAUGGAAUGGAUUCUGAAGUAGAUGAACAAGGCAGUGAAGCAGUCUGUAUUCAUUGUCUAGAACGCACCAUUGGUGUCCUCACCGACUCGGCUCAUUCUUUGGAUUAACAGUACUGUUCAGCCUUCUGUGAAAUGCUGUCUUCAUUUAUUUACUUGUGAUUGUGACCCAUACUUGACAAGAAGUCAACGAAGGGCUUGUUUUGUCUCACAGUUUGAGAGUGCGAAAUGUCAUGGAAGGGGGACUAUGGUUACAAGAGGCUCCCUGUGUCAGGAUUCGGGGCUGGGAUCCGAAUUUCUUUGCAUCUUGGUAAAGCAGGGUGCGGAGAGAAGAGCAAAAGUGUGGCCAGGUGCAAAAUCCUCAAGCCUUGCCUCUAGUGAUGCACUUCCUCCAGGGGAGCCCCACUUCCUCCAGGGGAGCCCCACUUCCUCCGGGGGAGCCCGCUUCCUCCAGAGGAGCCCUACUUCCUCCAGGGGAGCCCCAUUUCCUCCGGGGGAGCUCCAUGUCUUCCAGAGGAACCCUACUUCCUAAAGGUUCCAUGAUCCUCUAAAAUAUUGCCCUCAGUCAGGAACCAAGUGUUGAAACAGAUAAGCCCACCGGUGUGUUUGUGUGUGGGAGGGAAGGGGUGGUUUCACAGUCAAGCUAUAGCAAGUACCUUGUCAGAAAGCAGGACAAAGGGGCUAAUACUCAGAUUCUCUGUCUCUUGGGGAAGUGGGAAAUUGAAGGAUCAAACUCAGGCCUCUGCAUGGGUGAGCCAAGCACUCCACCAGUCUUCAGAUCUUCAGCCCCUAGUUUCCUUGAAUCCACGCUUCUAAAUAGGCCAAUCAGAGAAGAUCAUCAGUGAAGUUUCAGUGGUCUCUUGGGAUUUCAGUUCCGAGGUCAGCGUAUAGGAAAUGCUGAGAUGUUUUGAAAUGGUCUCUCACCUCCACAUGUUACAUAUGUGUUUCAUGGCUUUGUAAUCUUAAUUCUUGUCUGAGGCUCCUGUUUUGGCAGGGGUCAUUAAUCAGUAUUUUAUUGUCUCCAACUUUCAGAGUGUGCAAAGAAUUCACUCGUGUUUGAAAAGUUGGGUCAUAUUCAAAUAGAUCAGUCAUCGAGGAAGGCAAUGGAUUUGCUGAGCCAAGGUCAGGGCAUCCACAUUCACCAGGAAAGCUAGACCGAAUAGUUUCAUGAAAGACUGGAUACGAACAGAUGUUUUCAUCUUGUCCUGGUCAGUGGAUUAAAGAAUGCUAAUGACUUAUCUUCCUAUAUCUACAAAGAAAUUAUGCAGCGGGUUUUAAGAGAAUCACCUGGAGGCUUGACAUUGCCUUCAGGUCUGUCUAUGCUCAGGCUCUUGAGGCUGCCUCCGCAUAGACAGACGAGUCUCAGCCCCUGAGUUGUGAUUCCGGGAACAAGAAGCUUUCCAAGACAAGCUUGCCCAAUACGUCUGCUGGAACGGCCAGUGGCUUAUUUCAGAUGAAGAUCGAGACAGAAAGCUAGAAAGGCUCAGAGAGGUGCUACUGAAUGCCGGUUUAACCUGCUACUCCUCAUACAUCCGCUGGCUUUCCGAACAGUGUGCCUGACCGGAAGGCGUGUGCUCCCUCCCCAGUCAAGCAUACCUCAACCAGAGUGUUCAGCAGUCAACGAUCAUUUAAUGUCAUGACCAACUACAAUUGUCAGCUGCUUUCUGUACACAGAGUACAGAUAAGCCUGGUUCCCAUUCAAUGUUGCAUAUUAGAAAAAAAAAAGGUAAUUAGUAACAGCUCAAUACACAUUACUUUUUAAAGACAGUUUUCAGAGGGAAAUUUUAUUUAUUUGCUUAUUUCAAGGUAGGGGGUCUUACAUUGCCAUUUUAGCCUUGCCUCAAACUCUGGGACUCAAGCAGUCUACUCAGCCGUCCAAGUCCCUGGGAGCUACAGGAAUGCACCAAACAUCAGACUGAACAUUUUUUUUCCUCCUUUCUUAUUUUCGGAGCUGGGGACCGAACCCAGGGCCUUGUGCUUUCUAGGCAAGCGCUCUACCGCUGAGCUAAAUCCCCAACCCUGAAUAUUUUUUAAUAUAUGUAUUUUUGUCUGUUUUCAGAGAGGAUUUGCAGACAGUUUGUUCCAAUAUCUUGACAGUAGGAUGAAUUUGGCUCUAGUUGUGUUUAGAAGGGACUGGUGGCACUUUGUUCUCCUAUGUCAGUGGAAGGGUGAAUUUUUUAUACCGUCAUAUUUGGAGAUCUGCAGAUACCUUGUACCCCCUGCCUUAAAUAUGAGAACUGCAGGUGGAUCUUUUUGAGCCCUCAACUACCUCAGUAAGACCUAGUAGGUCUAGGCUUUGCUGUUUCUUGAUUUGACAUUUCCUAGUAACGAUUUGAGUAGUCGUCACAUUAUAAACACUGUGAACACUUGACAACCUUCUUUUGUAGUUAGGCAAUCUGUCUAGGGGUUGGAACAGUUGUGUGACCAGUUAGGCAAAGCUCUGCCACCCCACGUUUCACGUGCCUGGGAAACCGGAGUAACACUUAGAAGAUAGAACGCUGGCCUCAAGAAGGGGAGGAGAAAGACUACUGCAUAUUAGAUAUGACGGACAUGUGUUAUCCUUUACAAAUGAGCAGAUCAAGGAAUGGUUUUAUUUACCUCUUCCCAAGUUUUAUUGCGAGUGGCGUGUAAUCCAACGUGAUGGCAGUGAGCUUAUUUUCUCUUGUCUCUGUAACUUGCUUCUGAAUAAAUUUUUGCUGUAAGUGAAA